AUGAUCUUCCCCAAGCCUCAGAGCAUCCUGGCUCUCGUAUUCGGCCUCUCGCUGGCCAUGGCGAGCCCGCUGCACGCUGUGCGAGCUGCGUCCUUACCUCUUCCAUCCCGCACGAUCUUCCAGCUCAACGAGACGGACACAUGGUUUGAGAACAUCGCGGUGCGCGCAAACGGAGACCUCCUCGUGACCAUGCUACAGCCGGCCGCGACAGUCUACACCCUGAAGCAGCCGUACUCCUCAUCGCCGGAGUUCUCGAUCGUCCACACCUUCGACAACGCGAACGGCACUCUGGGCAUCGUGGAGACGAGUCCGGACGUCUUCCUCGUCGUAAGCGGCCAGUUCAGCUCCCUCGCCGUCCCCGUGCCUGGAUCGCUCGUCGCCUGGGAGUUGUCCCUCGUGGACCCCGAGCCGACUGUGCGCGAGAUCGUCUCAUUUGCCGAUAUCGAGCUUGCGAACGGACUGACGAAAGUUCCGACUGACGACGACUCAAACAUCGUCCUUGUUGCCGACAGUGUUGCAGGGUCCGUCUGGCGGUUCGAUUUCAACACCGGCGCGCACGAGGUCGUCCUCCAUACCGAGGAGAUGGCGCCCGUGCCGAAUGCGACAACCAUAUCGCUCGGCAUCAAUGGGGUGCACUUCCGCGACGGGUACCUGUACUUCAGCAACUCGGACCUGCUCACGAUCUAUCGCGUCCGUUUCGAUCAGCAGGGAUACCCGGCGCCGAACGCGACGGUCGACAUCGUGGCUACCAUAGAUGCUGUCCCUGUCGACGACUUCACAAUCGACAGGAAGGGCUACUUGUGGGCCGCUACCAAUUUCGAUAACAAGGUGGUCGCCAUCAGGCCCGAUGGCUCUAGUGUGGUUGUUGCGGGAGGUCUUACUGAACUCACUGUUGCGGGGGACACUGCCGAUGCUUUUGGUAGGACGCAGGAUGAUUUCCACGUGCUGUAUGUGGUUACCGGUGGUGGGCUUGCGUCGCCGGUAAAUGGGACGAUCACGGAGCCCGCCAAGAUUGUCGCCAUCAACACGGCUGGUUUUGAGUAG